AUGACUCUGACCAAACCUCCAUAUGUCAACACCCCAGCCAAACAUGACUCUGACCAAACCUCCAUAUAUCAUUCAACAUCGGUGGUUAUGAUGUUUCUCUUCCUUGCCACCUUAUUUGGUGUGGUGACCCUGGCAGGGGGUCAAUCAACACCAAUCAGAACAGAAACAUGUUCCGGAAAUCACCAGAGUACUACUAUACAGCCUAAUGGGCAGGCCUUUAUUGGAGGUUUAGUUAGCAUGAACUAUGUGGCAGAUAGUGGGCAUGGAUGCGGAAACAUUUCACCUAUAGAAAUGCAGGCCUAUGAAGCCAUACGAUGGGCACUUGAUCGUUUAAAUAAGAAAAAUGAGGAGCUAAACGGAGAAUUCCUCAACAACAGUUACAUCCCUGGGGUGGAACUUGGUAUGAUGGUGAAAAACUACUGCGACAUGGGCUCCAAUGCAGUGAGUUAUGCCCAGGAUAUCUACCCACAAUUCCUGUCCGAGGCCCGCGACUGCACCAAGAGUUCAGAUCACCUCAUACUGGGAUUAACUGGUGCUAGUUCCAGUGGUGACACCAAAGUGGUCAACUCAUUUUCUGGUCAGCUUGACAUUCCUCUGGUAUCCUACAUGGCCACAGCUGAGGAACUGACCACUAGGAACAUGUAUCCCAGCUUCAUGCGGACAGUCUCGCCUGAUGGACCCUUGAUGGAUGCCAUCAUUAAGGUUAUAGGAGAGUUGGAUUGGCAGUAUGUUGUUGUCGUGUACACAGAGAAUGCAUACGGACGAGGUUCUCUGGAAGAAAUUCGUCCACGCCUGGCUGCAGCUGGAAUCUGCCUCACUUUGGCUGUACCUGCAAAUCCAUCAGAUACAUCUUCAUCAACGAUGGCAGCCAUUUUGGAUCGUGUGCUUGCAACUGAAACGGUUGGUGUGAUUUAUCUAGGAGGCUCAGAAGUUGGCCUCAGUUUACUGGAGGAAGGCGACACUCAUCUAGGUGCAGGAAAGUUGCAGUGGAUUUACACAGACAGCCUACCUUUGUCUAUGAAUUUUGGUGGGAAAAAAUAUCCUAGAGGUGUCAUUGCUGUACUGUCUGGUUCUAGAAAAAUUAUCGAAUUUGAGGAUCAUUGGGUACGAAUUGAUGUAAACAAUCCGUCAUCAGAAAAUCCCUGGUUCCGAGACUGGUAUAUGAAUGAAAACACAUGUCAGUUACCCGGUAACACCAACCCAGCAUUCAACUCCUUCCCAUCAUGCACCACUCAGACUGAGUCUGAGAGACGUAAUUCAUUUGUACAAGACCAGUUUGUUGAGCCGGCCGUCCAUGCAGUGUAUGCAUACGCACAUGCUUUAAAAACUGCCCAUGCUGUCCUCUGUGGAGGAAAUGCUGGAUUGUGUCCACAGUUGGCAAGUCUAUCUCAGGAGGAUUUCUACAACAAUUAUCUUCGUUCUGUUAACUUUACCUACACCAAGAAGGAACGUGUGGAAAGUUUGGCCUCAGUGGGACUUGAACCAUACAAUGCCCCAGCACAACUGGCCUUCGAUGCAAAUGGUGACAUCAUCAAUCCUAGUUAUGACAUCUACAACUUUAACGAUUACCCAGAUGGAGCUGCCUUCAAAUUCCGAAAGUUGGGAUCUUACCUGAACGGACGUCUGGAGAUUGUAAAGAGUCGGAUGAGGAUGUAUGACAUGACUCGGGACCAUGCUCUUCCAUCUCUGCCUUCCUCCCCUUGUCCUGCCUCAGGUUGUGGCCCCUGUCUGGGUCACCUUGUUGAUGCCAAAUACCUGUAUGUUCCUGGGGACAUUGUCAUCACUGGUAUUUUCUCCAUCCACGAGGAAGGUGACAAACCACUUUCAUGUGGAGACUUUAAUAAUGGUAUGGCAUCUGGUAUUCAAUUCCUUGAGGGAAUGGUGUACGCUCUCUCAAACAUCAACAACCAGCCAGGACAGACAUUAUUGCGAGGUGUAAGUCUUGGUGCACUUGGUUUUGACGACUGUAUGGAUAAAGUAGUGGGAGGUCAUUUUGUAACGCAAGUUCAAACAAAAACGCGCAUGAUAACAGACACUGCUGGCACUGCCCUUGACCCCCUUACUGUCGAGGCAUACAUGGGGGCAGAGGGCACUGAUUUGACAGUCCCACUGGCAAAACUGAUGGAUAUCAUUAAACGACCUCUCCUGGGGUACAACGCAAUGAGCGCUGAACUCCACGAUAAUGCUUAUUAUCUAUACAUGUCCUACAGUAACAGGCUUUAUAUGAAGGCUUUUGUCCUGCUUCUGAAACGCCUCGGCUGGCACUACGUACAGACUGUCCGUGCCAUGUCCAUGGAAGCCAGGAAUGCUAUUGAGGAAUUCCGAAUGAUUGCUGCAGAUCAUGGAAUAUGUGUAGUAUCCUCGUAUGAGUUUGGAACAGAUGGUGAUGUUGAAGAUAUCUUGAUGAUGUUAGAAGGACAAUCAUCUGUAAAUCCUGUCCUGGUUGUCUCCCCUACUGAAGAUCUUCGUGAACUGUUACUGGAGGUCAGCAAACAGAACAAAACUGGUCACUUUGUCUUCAUGGCACCUGUUGUGAGAUCUGAUGAUGUGUUCAAGGGUGACGAGGCAGCAGCUGAGGGUUUGAUUAGCCUAGAUGUACAGCGACCAGACCUCUCUGCAUUCCUAGGCUAUCUGAGUGGUCUGCGUAGAGAUAGUUAUACCACAAAUCCGUGGUUCAGUGAAUGGUUUGAGAACAUGCAUGAUUGCUCUUUAGAUAUAAACAACAUGAGGGAUUAUACCUCAGCAUGUGUUGCAUCUGAUGUGACUCUCGGUAAAAAUUUCAAACUCAAUGUGAACAGUUAUGCUACAAUCUAUGGCGUUUAUGCAAUUGCAUAUGGUCUUCACUAUACGCUUCAGUAUUACUGUGGAGUGGGCUACACUGGCAUCUGUGGAGACUAUAUGACGGCAGCAGACAAGGGCGAAAAACUUGUCGAAAUGAUUGAACAAAUGUCGUUUACAGUUGACGGGUUGACCAUACAAUUUGUGGACGGUCAGGCAAAUUUUCCGUUAGAGUUCUCCAACUACAGAUCUGGAUUUGUUCCGGUUGGGACUUACAAUGCAAUGACAAACAGUUUUGUGAUCCAGACCAGUCAGUUGAGUUUAGCCGGUGGUGUACAGCUCAGUUCUGUGAUGCCUUACUGCAAGACUGUUUGUACACAGUGUCUGUACAUGUUCGGAACACAAGAUUACAUGUACAUUGACGGCGACCUUAUCAUUCCUGGAAUUUUUGAUGUCCAUUAUCCAGGAAUGACAGACUUUUUGUGCGGAAGUAUUCGAUCAAAGAACGGCUUUCUUAACACGGAGGCUUUCGCAUUUGCUCUCCAACAAGUAAACAGUGGAACUACAAGUGUUAAACUGAACAGUGUAAAACUUGGAGGAUUGAUUUUUGAUGGGUGUAUGAAUCCGAUCAGAGGUCAUGUGAUCGCAUCUUCUGUUUACUACGGUUUGCUGCCACGGGAGAAUGGAAUGCCAAAGUACCCUCUUGACAGGUUGCUUGGGUGGUUGUCAUAUGAUAGCAGUACGACUGUUAAUAUUGCUGAAUCACUUGGACAUUUCGGAAUUCCUGUGGUCACUCCAGGCGCCACCACACCUGUUCUGGAUAAUAAGAAACGCUUUGAUAAAUUCUUUCGUACCAUUCCUUCUGAUGGAGUUACUACACUUGCCAUGGCACAGGUUGCCAAGGAAAUGGGAUUUGAAUAUAUAAUCACUCUGAAUGCUCCAGAGGAGGGAAGCCGUGAUGCCAUGAAACAGUUCAGAGAAUAUGCUCAGGACAACGGCAUAUGUAUUGGAGCUUCGUAUGAAUUUGAGACCGACGGCCCCAUGGCAACCUUAAUUCAAUACAUCACCGAAUCAUCGAGUCGCGUGGUAGCAGUCUUCAGUGAUGCUGAUCGUUAUGUGGAAGACCUUCUCAUAGCCAAAAACAAUAACCCUCAGGCUGCAAACAUUGUAUUUAUGGCCAAUCGACCAUGGCAGAACCCUGUUAUCAGCACAACAUCCCUUUUCUAUGCUACUAACACCUUAACCUUCGGCUACAAGUUCCCACCUCUGCCAGAGUUGCGGAACUAUCUAUCUCAGAAAUACCCAAUCUCAUACACUGAUAAUCCAUGGUUCAAUGAAUUCUAUCAAAAGUAUUUCUUGUGUAAUUUGGACGGGAACUGGAUGUACGCACAGAACUGUGGGACAUCAUCCAUUGUUACAAAUGACUUCAUUGAAGACUAUGCAACACUUCCCACAAUUCAUGCUGUUUAUUCAAUGGCGGAGGGUGUUCACCGAACCCUAAUGGAAAAAUGUGGUGUCAACUACAGUGGUAUCUGUUCGAGUUUCCUGUCUGAUGUCAACACAUUCCCUACAGUGAUGAAACACAUGGACGCCAUGAACUUUACAGAUAUUCUAGGUGACCUAUUCCACUUCGUAAAACGUGAGAGUAACAGAGGCAUAAUGAUUGACAGGAUUGAGGCGGGCACUAGUUUGUCGGUAAAGAAAUUCAUGAUAUAUAUCUAUUCAGACAUAAUUUGACAAAGCUUCUCCCUACAAGAUCGCAAUGAUUUGGCCAGUAAAUAUACUAGUACACCGGCAACUUGCAUUGGGGAUUGUGCUCAGUGUUACGUACUCGGCGACGGUUCAGAGAAAUUCACAUUUUACAGCGGAAACAUCAUGUUUGUUGGUUUGUUUGAUAUCCAUAAAAAAGGACAAACACCAUACAGCUGUGGUGAAAUCAAUGAUGAACAUGGAUUCCAGCUUCUUGAAGCCUUCCACUUUGCUUUGGAAUAUGCUAACAACCGUUCUGGUAUAUUCCGUAGUGUUUGGCCAGAAGUUACGUUUGGUGGUGUUGCCUUGGAUGUUUGUCAAAAUCCAACGCGCGCUGGUAACAUGAUUGCCAACAUCCACUCUGGAACAUUGAAGCUGACAACCAUUUCACAGAGUCAGAAUAUCACUAUUAAUCCUGAUAAUAUUGACGUCUACAUUGGCCCGUUUGACAGUGAGUCAACCAUCCGUGUAGCAGAUAUUGUAAAUCCACUCGGGAUCCCACAGAUCAGCUAUGCUGCCACAAGCCAGGAACUAAUGGAUCCAUACAAAUAUCGUUACUUUUUACGUACUGUACCAGCAGAUGACAAGCAGGCAAGGGCCAUCAUUUCUUACCUCAAGAGGUUUGACCUGAAUAAUGUCCAGGUUAUCAACUCCUAUGACAGUAUUGGACGUGACGGCUUGGAAGAAUUUGCACGUCUAGCAAGGCUUAAUCGAAUCUGUAUAUCACAGAACAUUACCACUGGUGUCAGUGGUUCAAUUUCCAUUAUUGAAGCACAGACUGCACUGAAUAGACUUUUCAGUUACCGAGAUGCCACAGUUGUUAUUUUGUUUGUAGAGGACCCAGAGACUCUGUUACAAACAAUCGAGAACAGAGAUGAUAUUAGAAAUAACUUCACUUUUAUUGGUACGGACAAACUAGGCUUUAAUCAUGAAAAAUGGAACAAUGCACGUAAACUGAUGAAUGGACGCCGUGCAGUCACUUUCGAUAUUGAGACGGCAGAUGUGCCAGAACUUGACAAGUACCUUGAAUAUAAGACACCUGAAAAUUAUUUUUUCAAUCCAUGGUUUGAUGAAUAUUACCAAGAACUGUUUCAGUGUAACUUUGACGGAAGAAAUACAAAGUACUCAAAGCCAUGUCCAACCUAUCUUCUUGGUAUUCCCCGUGCUGAAAAGUACAUUCAGGACCCGUACGCCUUGUAUGUGAUCAAUGCAGUGUUUUCUGCUGUAUUUGGUGUAGACAAGGCAUUACGUGAGAUCUGUCCAGGUAAUAGCAUUGGUGUUUGUAAUCUGUUCCGAACCAGCGGUGAGAGACGGCAGCGAAUAAUGACCGGUAUCCUAGCCACCAAUUUCAUUGAUGCCACGAAUCAGCCAUUUUACUACGAGGAAGGUGGUGACAGUAGUCGAGGUUACCAUAUUUGGGAGCCCCUUCCUAGUGCAGAGGACAACACACAGUAUUAUCUUGAGGAUGUCGGUGCUUAUAAUGACACACACUACCUGAAGAUUGAUGCUCGUUAUGAUGUUAAUUGGCAGUCAACUUGUGACCGCCCUGGCUCCUGUUCCUGUGUGUUCCCCGAAUACCAACCAUCUCGGUACAUGAAGAAUGACACAGACUGGGGUCUGUAUAUAGCCUACGUGUCAGAUAUCCAUGAUCGUGACCCCUAUAAUCCUUAUGCCUGCGGAUCGAUCGACACUGUAGGUGACUUCCAGAACAUGAUGGCUUUCUUUUAUGCUCUCAACCUCGUCAACAGUGAUACAAAUCUUCCAGCUACAUUAAAACUUGGAGGAAUAGCAUUUGAUACCUGUUCUUCAUCAAAUCGUAUUGGACAGGAUAUUUACAGCCUUCUGAGUGGUGAAGGAAUUUGUACACAAAACACUGGUCAGGUGAUCCCUCCUUCUAAUCUAGUGGCGUAUAUUGCAAAAGGAAGUGAGAAUGCGAUCCGAGUAAGUGGAAUUCUGUCCCCACUUAAAUACACCACCCUAAGUCAAAGUGCGACAUCCGUGGCGCUUAGCAACAAAGAUUUCCAUGAGUACUUUCUGCGUACCGUGCCUCCAGAUAAUGUCCAGGCUAUUGUCAUCGCUAAAGUCCUUCAAACGUUUGGAUGGGAUUAUGUAUCGGCAGUGUACACUGAUGAUGCUUACGGUAAUGCAGCCAUUAAAACACUCAUCAGUAACACAGAAAAUAGUUCUCCUCGCAUCUGUGCCUCACAAACCAUAUCCAUGGCCAUGGACGCAACACUGGAUGAUGCCAAAGCCAUUGUAGAUAGCCUUAACCAGAGAGUUGGUGCCAGAGUUGUUGUGCUGUUCGUAUCGGACGUUCAUGCACGUCUUCUUUUACAAGCCACCACAGAGCGUGGCCUCACACACAGAUUCAUCUGGCUGGGUAGUGACACUUGGGCAAACAGCGACUAUAUUGUCAGUGGAUAUGAGGAUGCCGCUGCUGGUGCCAUCACUAUCCAGAUCAGAUCAGAGGUAGUGGAAGGUUUCAAGAAAUUUCUCCGAAGCUUUGAUUACACUAAUAGCAUGAACCUGCCUCGUGACUGGUUUGAGGACCUCUAUCAGACUCUUCAUCAGUGUCGUAUCCUCAACAGUGUUGUUCAGAAAGUGUAUUCUAACAUCUGCUCCGGUGAUGAGAGGAUCACGGAUGCCAUGAUCCCCAAUGACCCGUACACACUGCACACUAUCAUUUCUGUGUUCAUGGUUGCAAAUGGUCUUAAUUCCAUUGAGGAAUGCAAGAGAACAAGCCUCAGUAUUUCUGCCUGUCUGUCUCUUCAGCAGAAUUCACGAGAUCUCAUUUACAACAGUAUUGCGGAGGCCCAAUACACUGUUCUUCCUGAUGACCUGGGUGCCAAGUCAUUCAACUUCAGGUACACUGAAGAUGGCUACGGAGAUGUGGGUUACAACAUUUUGAACUUCCGACGUGACCUGACAUCAGGAAACUAUGGAUACACUCAGAUUGGAACUUACCGUAACGACCUGUCCCUGAAUCGAGCCCUAUACCAAGGAUUCAGCUUCGUGGAAUCCCGUACCAUCCCUCUGUCCAUGUGCCCAGUGGGAAGUAACUGCCCAUGUCUGAACAGUGAUGGCACCCGUUCUAGCUACCAACGACAGGGUGUGGCCGGACUUUCCUUCUACCGCCUUGACGACGGUAGCUAUGUCGAUACUCAGACAGGCGAGGUGAUACAGGUGGAAAACAUCCCACUAUUAGCAGACAGAUUUGCAGAUAUUUGGGGUAUAAUUGUUGCGACAUUGGCAGCAAUUGGAAUGUUUGCAUCAUUGUGCAUGUUUGUAUACCUGCUAGUGAUGUACCCAGUGCGUGGAGGAACCUCCAUCCUUGGGUUUAUGCUGGUGUUUGGAAAUAUUCUGUUGUUUGCUUUGGUGUUUGCCUUCAUUGUGCAUGCCACACGAGAAGUCUGCGGCCUACGUCGGUUCUGUCUUGGAUUCUGUUACUCAAUAUGUUACAGUGCAUUAUUUGUGAAGAUUGUAGACUCCUGGAGGUCGCGAAGCAAAGAGGAACUGUAUGAGGUGAAAUACGAGAAACUGGGACGGCCACUUGGAUUGUUUUUCUGUGCCGUGCUCUUUAUACUUGUACAAGUAAUAAUUAAUACAGAGUGGCUCAUUCUUGAGCCACCAGGUGUUACCACAGUUCUGUAUAACAACAUGCUGUGGCCACGUUGUACACCUGAUGAUUUCUACGACCAAGGCCUCGUCCUGUCGUUAGUCUACAUCAUGUUCCUUGUGGUCCUCUGUGUUCUUUAUGGCAUGUGCGCUUGGUCCAACCCCAAAAACCACCAUGAGGCUCGUUGGGUGCUGGGAAUUGUGCUGCUGGGGAUCCCAGUAUGGGUAGUAUUCUGUGUGAUAGCGGUUCUGGGAGAAUAUAAGAUGCGAGAUGCGGCCAUUGCUAUUGGACUCCUACUCAACGCCACCAUCAUGCUGCUCCUGGGGCCAAUGAGGAAACUCUAUCUCCUGACUAAAUUUGAGGAGCAAGUUGAGGAGGAGGAACGCAAAUCUGCACUCGGCAGCAUGAAAGGAGCUGAGUAUGCCACCAUGUACGGCCAACAGUAUGACAACACCCCUCGCCUACACGACCCACAAGAGUCAAUGCGAGGCAGUGCAUUGGGGAAUGACCCUUACGUAAUACACCCAAACAGCCAGUGAGGAUUUUAGUAACCCCUUGAUCACAUGUCAGGAAAUCCUGCAAUCUCAUUGGAUCAGACAAGCCACACCUGAUGAACUGGGAGGGAUUUUGAAACACAGAACUGCAGGCGGUGAAUCUCCUUACUGUGAUAAUUACAACGAUGAACAAUGUUACAAGUUAUUGGAUUAUUUCCUUAUACAUGA